UCCACAAGAGUCUCAGCUUUACAGUGAUACCCAAUUUAUACAAUUCCAAGACUGUUUAGGGACCGCAGUGUGCAGAAAUAUUCAUAAAACAUAUCUUUUAGAACAGGUGAGAAUAAUACUACACUAAUACAAACUGCUUUGUUUUUCAUAUGAUAUCUGUACAACCACUCCAGCUCUAAAACUGAACCUGCUAAAGCCUCUCAAAGACAGUAAAGUCAGUCAGGAUUGUGUGCCUCAGGGGGUUAAAAUAAAAACAAUGUGUGGAAAAUGGUUAAAGUCUAUGAAUAAGAGAAUAAGCCCUUGCCUUUUAUCUUCUUGUGGGCUUCUAACUGGUUUGUCGAGCUCUGCCUCAUUCAGUUGGUGCAGUUGAGUUCAAAGGGCUACAUGUAGGUGAAAUAAAGUAACAAAUACCUUGGAGAUGUAAUGAUUAUGAUAUUUUGCCCGAGACUGAUUUAUUUGUUUCUGAUUUAACAAGUGGAAACAGAUUCACCCUUCACCUCUUCGACAACAACCAAAUGUUCUAGCCAAAGCCAGGGAUAUUUGAAUGGUGUGAGGCCAUGUUUGCAUGUCUGGAUUGUUCUGGCUGCAGCUGAACAACGCUGCAUCCCCGAAGUUCAGGUAACCUGAGUUAACACUACUACAUUCAUAUAAGAAAGAAAGAAAGAGAGAAAGAAAAAGUGAAUUGUGAAAGGACUGUCUGGAAGUGUGUUUCUGAGAGCUGUAACAGGUUUACUUUUGAGGAAAUGUGCGCUGAAUGAGGAUCUUUUGUUACAUCACACUGAACACCUGUGAAGGGAGGGGUGUGAUGGCAGAUGAUGUGGUCGGCUUUGAACAUCACCCCAGAGGAGUCGAGAAACACCUUUCAGUCGGUCAGAGCUACGAUGUCCAAUAAGUGUACAAAGAACAUCAAGUUAUUUACCCUGGACUAUAUUUUCACUAUAUGAUUUUGUUUCCUAUCCUGGAUCUUUCCUUUCCUUUUGUUCAUCCACUCUUAAGAAAAGAGAUUUAAUUCCAUCUUCUGAACUAAAGAUCCACCACAUCAUCUCCCAAAAUGGAUAAGUUUCGUAUGAUGUUCCAGUUCCUCCAAUCCAACCAGGAAUCUUUUAUGAAUGGGAUCUGUGGUAUCAUGGCACUCGCUAGUGCCCAGAUGUACUCUGCCUUUGAGUUCAACUGCCCCUGUAUGCCAGAAUACAACUACACCUAUGGGAUCGGACUGCUCAUUAUUCCACCUAUAUGGUUCUUCCUGUUAGGUUUUGUAUUGAACAAUAAUGUGUCAGUGCUCGCAGAGGAAUGGAAGAGACCCAUAGGGAAACGGAUCAAGGACCCAACGAUUCUUCGCUACAUGUUUAUCUCAAUCACACAGAGAUCCUUGAUAGCACCUAUGGUGUGGGUGUCUGUCACUCUCAUGGACGGGAAGAGCUUCCUCUGUGCUUUCAGCAUCAACUUGGAUAUUGACAAGUUUGGGAAUUACAGUGUGAUGACGGGGCUGUCAGAGAUGGAGAGGAUCAAACUGCUGGCGAGGAUUCCAUGCAAAGACCUAUUUGAGCAUCAGGAGAUAAGAGUGGCAACAUCACGAUACAUCAAGUGUAUAUCACAGGCAUGUGGAUGGAUGUUUCUGCUCAUGAUGACCUUCACGGCCUUCCUGAUCCGAGCCAUUCGACCAUGCUUCACUCAAGCCGCCUUCCUCAAGACCAAGUACUGGUCUCAUUACAUCGACAUUGAGCGCAAGAUGUUCGACGAGACCUGCAAGGAGCAUGCCAAGAGUUUCGCCAAGGUUUGCAUCCACCAGUACUUUGAGAACAUCAGCGGGGAGAUGCGCAGCUUCCACCACCAUCGCUCCAGCAGGGACGAAAGCGACGACGAAGACGAGGAUAACAAGAGAAGUGACGAAGACAAGCUUCUGGGUAUCAGGGCCCAGGAUGAUAUGAAUAAGGUUUUAUGGAACUGGCACACCUGUAAGCCAGCUCUGGCUCUGAGAAAGGACCAAAUGGAUGUUGAAAACAAUGGCCAUCUGAAUGGAGAGGCCAACGGAGCAGCAAAUGGAUUUGUAAAGGGACACACCCAUGACGUGGAGAAAAGGGAAUGGGCAGUGUAUUACAGUAAGGUCUGAGGAAUUCAAAAGGACAAAGAAAAGCUCGCAUUGGCUCUUCUUUAACUUCACAGGAAUCAUUUUGUUUCUAUUAGCUAGUAAUUUAUCAAAGUUAGUUAGAAAUAUAUUUGAAUUAGAAUUUUACUUCAAUGCACAGAACAUAUAAAUGAAUAUAAAUUAAAUUAUAUAUACGAUAUAAUAUAAACACAUAUAUACACACAUAUUCACAUAUAUACACAUAUACGGUAUA